GGGCGCGGGGGGGCGGGGGUCCGGAGGGGCGGCUGGUGAUUGGUGAUGAGGCAGAAUGGUGCUCGUGAUGGUGAGGCCGCAGUGCCACGACCUCGAUACAUCACCGCAGCACCCAUGGAUGUGGUGCCUCUGAAUCUACACCACCUCCACCACCACCACCUCCACCACCACCACUACAAACACCCCCACCACCACUACCACCCGUCCGCUGCUCCUACUGGUGUCUGCUAACGGAAAGGACAAGCAGACGAGCCCCUUCUUUCAUCAUCAUCAUCAUCAUCAUCACUUCAUCACCAUUACCACCAUCAUUACACUAUCACCACCUCCACUACCACCCCCUAACACCAACACCACGACCCGUCUUCCUUCCCUCAUACACCCCAUCACCACUACACUCUAUACAAAAAGAAAACGUCAACACCAUCUUCACCAUCACCACCGUCAUCACCAUCACCACUACACAACAAUACAUCCACAAGAACAAAACAAACGGCCAUUUCCUCACACCACACCACAGAACGAGAAAUCACCAUCACCAGCAUCCCUACCACCACCACCUCCCCAACCACCACCACCACCACCACCACGGAGCCUAAGCCAUGGAUGGGGAGAACAGAAUAAUAUUAAACGUUGGGGGAAUCAGAUUCGAGACGUACAAGGCCACGCUGAAGAAGAUUCCGGCCACGCGCCUCUCCAGACUGACGGAGGCCCUGGCGAACUACGAUCCCGUGCUGAACGAGUACUUCUUUGACCGCCACCCCGGAGUGUUCGCCCAGAUACUCAACUACUACAGGACGGGCAAGCUGCACUACCCCACCAACGUGUGCGGGCCGCUCUUCGAGGAGGAGCUGGAGUUUUGGGGCCUUGACUCGAACCAGGUGGAGCCGUGCUGCUGGAUGACCUACACCAUCCACCGGGACACGCAGGCGACGCUGGCCAUCCUGGACAAGCUUGACGUGGACACCGACGCGCCGUCCGAGGAGGAGAUCGCGCGUAAGUUCGGCUACGAGGAGGACUACCUGAACGGCCGCAUGUCCUGGUGGCAGAAGACGAGGCCCAAGGUGUGGUCCCUCUUCGACGAGCCUUACUCCUCCUGGAUGGCCAAGGUCAGACUACAGACGAAGGCAGUGAUCGCCAUGCUGUCCGUCUUUUUCAUCGUGGUGUCCAUCCUGUCCUUCUGCCUCAAGACGCACCCCAACAUGCGCGUUCCCGUCAUCGUGAACGUGACGGUGCGAUCGGUGGACAGAAACGGCAGCAUCUCCUCCAGCUGGUACCUCAAUAAAGACAGGACGGACCCUCACGCCGCCUUCUUCUACGUGGAGGCCGCCUGCAACGCCUGGUUCACCUUCGAGAUCCUGAUGCGCUUCUCCGUGACGCCCAUGAAGCUCGAGUUUGUCCGGAACACCAUCAACAUCAUCGACUUCGUGGCCACCCUCUCCUUCUACAUGGACAUUAUCCUUAACUACACGCAGUUCGCAGGAAGUGAGGACAACGCGGGCAAGGCGGCGGAGGUGAUCGAGUUCUUCAGCAUCAUCAGGAUCCUGCGCCUCUUCAAGUUGACGCGGCACUCCGGGGGCCUCAAGAUCCUCAUCCACACCUUCAAGGCCUCGGCGAAGGAGCUCACCCUCCUCGUCUUCUUCCUCGUCCUCGGCAUCGUCAUCUUCGCCAGCCUCGUCUACUACGCCGAGAGGUUACAGGCCAACCCGCACAACGACUUCAAGAGCAUCCCCGAGGGACUGUGGUGGGCCAUCGUGACCAUGACCACGGUGGGCUACGGCGACAUGGUGCCCAAGACCUACGUGGGCAUGUUCGUGGGCGCCCUCUGUGCCCUGGCAGGCGUGCUCACCAUCUCGCUCCCCGUGCCAGUCAUCGUGUCCAACUUCUCAAUGUUCUACAGCCACACUCAGGCGCGGUCCAAGCUACCCAAGAAGCGGCGUCGCGUGCUACCGGUGGAGCAGCCGCGUCGGGCGGCGCGCCAGGCGCGGCCGGAGGGCGGCCUCAACCGGCGCAUGAACGCCAUCAAGCACCACCACCACCAGGCGGGACUCAAGGACGGCCUCACGCCCAAGCUGUCCGGUGCCAUGGACAACCUCCUCGCAGGCACGCUGAACGGGUAUGGGCAGGUGGGUGGGAUUAAGGCCCUCAGCUUGUAUGCCACAGGUCAGAGCGGGCUCACGCUGCCCCUCCAUGCCAACGUCUCCCCGGGCUACGAGGUGUGCCCCAGCUCCACCUCGCCCCUCCUGCCACAGGUCCGGGAGCCCGCAGGCUGUGACUCCUACUACAGCAGCUCCCCGACGCCCCUCCAGCCCCCCACCCUUGACCCCGCGGCCCUCGCCAGGCACACUAAAGGGGACAAGGACUCAGCGGGCCUCCUCCAGCCCCGCUCAGCCACCUUCAGCCUUGGGUCGGGGUCGCGGCGCCGCACCUCGUCGGGCUCCAUACUGGCCCUCCGCGGUAUGGCCUCCCUCACCGAGACCCUGGCUUCCCCCGGGGCGUACCUGGCCUCCACGCUGGGACUCAUGGCCUCCUCCUGCUCCGAUCCGUCCGUGGCCAACACCAGCCAGUCAGCAGACGCCAGCCAGGCCUUCCCCACCCAGCAGGAGCGACCCGUGGCCCCAUCCCCCUCCCCCACCAGCCUGCUCAUGGACGCCCACGCCACCCUGGGUCUCAUGGGCCUGGUGCUGCCGCGGGGGGGCUCGCCUGGGCUGGGGGGCACGCCUGAGCGCCGACGCAGCCCCAGUGUUGGCCACAUCCAGCACCACAACAAUAACAACAACACGAGGAGCCGCGCGGAGGAGGGAGCGGAGGGGAGGAGAGUGGAAAGUGACUCUAAACCUCCGCCUAUCCAUAUCGAGCUGGCAGACUCCCCGCCCUACGACGCCCGGCCCACGACCCCGCAGUCCCAGUUCACCCUCGCCGUGCCCAGGAGAGCAUCCGGGCCGCCGAUCCCCGAGAUGGACAUCCUCUGAGUCACGAACCUCGACGACCCGCCACGACACGACCCUCCAAACCUGUCCACAUGGAGGUCGUGCGUGCGUCGAGGUGCGUCCCUGUGGUGUGGUCGUCCCUGCUUAGUGUAUCUUUAGUGCGUUGAUGAUGCCUGGACGACCACCGAUGCCACGACCCCCACGACCAAGACUACGAAUGCCUCCACGACCACCACUAUCCCCGCCUCCAGCACGACCAUCGCCGCCACGACCACCGCUUCAUACCUCACGCCAAAUAACCUUCUGGUACAUGGGUGGCGGCGGUUGUUCUCGGUUCUUGUCGCCUUAGAGCCUCGCCGUCACGCCCAUACACGCUCAAUCGUCCUGGUCAAAAUGUAGUGGUUAAGGCCCUUCCUUCCUUCCUCGCCCCGUGACUAGCUAGCCCGCGGACCUUUCAACUUUGUGAAGUGCCAAACUGCCGACGAGGAGCAGGAGGAGGAGGAGGAGAAAACUGACAGGAGGAAGAGGUGGAACAGGAGGGUGAAGAGGAGGAGGAGGAGGAGGAGGAGGGGGAGAAUGAAAAUGAGGAGGAGGAGGGAAGUCAUGAGGAUAUUUUAAAGAAGGGACAUGAUGAGAAAACGGAUGGACAAGAAAUAUAGUUUUCGAGAGGAUGAUUGACUGACAGACAAACUUUCCGGCCUCAACAUGCUUACAUAGUCAUCGACCUUCUUAUAAGCUUUUUUUCUCUGAAACGGAAUAUUUUACUAUACCCAGAGAUAAAACAAAGUAAUACCUAUGUCUGAAGCCUUAAAAAAAACAUUUAUAUAUUGUAAUAUUAAGAUGUGUUUCGUGUCAAGAAAGAAAAACAUGGAGGAGAAAAUGAAGGGAAAAGUGAAGGGCAGAAGAUGAGGUAAAUAGGCAAGAAGAAAGAGAAAAUUAGAUGAAAGGAAAGAAAGAGAAAGCAAGAAAUGAAGCAAGUAAAUAAUAAGGAGGAUGAGAGAAUAGGAAAGUAAGGUAAAGGAAGCUAAAGAAAAGGGAGGGACUAUGGUAAGUACAUGGGAAGUGACAGAAAUGAAAAAAAAAGUGAAGGAAAGAGAAAGAAGAUAGUAUACGAUAGGAUAGAAAAUUAAAUGAUUAUUAAGUGCUGCCUAUAGCGACUGUAGGCUUUCUUGAAGGGCCUCGAAGGCGACCCCGGCCCGUUAGUGGCGUAGGCGAAUUUUAUUUAUAGUGGCUGCCGUGAUGUAUGACUCUUGCGAAAUGAAACGAAAGGAAAGGGAAUAUCAAAAUUUGUUGUAAGAAGUGAACAAAAUAAUAAUUGGAGGAACUCAAAACCAAAAAAAAAAAGUCAAAGAGACGAGGAGAAAAAAGUGACGACAUUGGUGAAGGACAACGAAAACAACGAAGAAUGUGAAGAGGAGCAUAAGGAGAGAAAAAAGGGAGAGGACAAGGCUGCGAACAAGAACUAGGAAAAGGAAGAAAGGAUUAAGAAGAAAAAAAAUAAAAAAUGUGAAAAAUUGAAUAAAAAUGAAGGAAACGAAGAAGACUGAGGAAAACAAGGAAAAAAUAAGAUAAAAAAGCGAUGGCAACAUUAAAGAAAAUUAAGAUUAGAAAUACGAGAGAAGACGAGAGGGAAGAAGAAGAAGAACAAGAAGAGAAGAAGCAGAAGAGGAAGAAAAAGAAGAAGAAGAAGAAGGAGAAGAAGAAGAAGAAGGAGGAGAAAGCGAAGGAGAAGAAAAAGAAGACAAACAAUCAACCAAACACUUUUCUGGCAACCUUAUCGCCUUGUCAAAAUCCUUCAAAUCAAACUUUUCGGAACAUUGAACAAAAUCUCUUAAAAAAUCCAAACAAGAAAUAUAAAGUGAGAGAAUAUACAAAACAAACUUCUUUCUCUGUACACCAAUCAUGUUUACGAUGAUAAAGAAAACAACAAUAAUGAAGAUAAUGAUAACAGAAAGAAUGAUGAUAUCUUUACCAGGUGGUGUGUGUCCUGCCCUGCUCUUUACAUUGAAUAUUUUUUUUUUCAAAUAAGGAGUAAAAUAUUCAAGAAGAAAUAAAAAACAACAUAUUUAUAAGAAUACGCUGCCGCUGAUGUUGUUGUUGAUGUUGAUGAUGUUGAUGAUAAUGAUGAUGAUGAUGGUGAUGAUGUUGAUAUGUUGGUCAUGGUCAUGCUGAUGGUGAUGAUCAUGAUGAUGUUGUUCCUCUGUACUCAUUUAUGAACUCCUUUUUACCUUACGUCACAAUAUUUUAACCACACACACACACACACACACACACACACACUUUCAUUCUGCCUUUCCUUCUUCUUAUGUC